AUGCUACUGUCCAUCUUCAACGCGCAUCCUUACGACAAGGAGUACCUCACCGCUGCUUCUGCCGAGAUCCAGCUGACUUUCCACGACUUCCCACUCGCCUCAGACACUGCGUCUUUGGCAGCAGGGUCUACAGCCGUGUGCGCCUUCGUCAACGAUGACCUUUCGGCACCCAUCCUAGAGGCCCUCCACCAGAACGGCGUCCGGGCCCUCCUGCUGCGCUGCGCAGGGUUCAACAAUGUCGACCUAGACAAGGCCAAGGCACUGGGUCUCUUCGUGGCCAACGUGCCGAGCUACUCGCCCGAGGCGGUGGCCGAAUUCGCGGUGGCGCUCAUCCAGACACUCAACCGCAAGACGCACAGGGCGUACAACCGGGUGCGCGAGGGCAACUUCAGCCUAGACGGCCUGCUGGGGACGACGCUGCACGGCAAGACGGUAGGCAUCUGCGGGACGGGCAAGAUCGGCGUGUGUCUGGCCCGGAUCAUGAACGGGUUUGGGUGCAGGGUUCUGGCGUUCGACCCGUACGAGAACGACGAGUUCAAGAAAUAUGGCACCUAUGUGGACUUUGACACAAUGCUCUCGUCGUCGGACUUUAUCAGCCUGCACUGUCCUCUCAUGCCCCACACCAAGCACAUCAUCAACGGCGCGGCGCUCAAGAAGAUGAAGCCGGGCGCGAUGCUGAUCAACACGAGCCGCGGUGCCCUGAUCGACACCAGGAGCGUCAUCCGAGCCCUGAAGGACCGCGAGCUGGCUGGCCUGGCCCUCGACGUGUACGAGGGGGAGGGUAAGAUCUUCUACAAGGACCAUUCCAACUCCAUUAUCGAGGAUGACGACCUCAUGCGCCUCAUGACGUUCCCCAAUGUCAUCAUUUGUGGUCACCAGGCCUUCUUCACCAAGGAGGCGCUUACCGAGAUUGCCGAGUGCACGUUGAGGAACCUGGAGGAUUUCCUGGAAGGCAGGCAGUGUAAGAACUCGUUGAUCGAGAAUCCGCUGUUGAGGAGGGACUCUGGGCCUGUGCGGAAUGUCUGA